UGACGUCGUUUAACUAUUUUUAGGAAUUGAAAACAGCGUCUUUGUACACCAGCGAUUCGUCUCUGCUUCUUCGCACCUCUGUCUCUCUUUCCUGUUCUAAGGUUCUUCUCUAUCUCAAGUCUAGCAGAUUCAGGAGGCCUGAACUUCAAGCAAACUAGCGCAACCUUUGCUCGCAGCAGCUUAUGCUGUUGUACAGUGACCAUGGGAGAUGGCAACACCACUAGAGGCAUUGCGAAUAGCAACACUACUACUGGCAACAAUGAGAAGCCAGAGUGGCUGCAACAGUACAAUCUGAUUGGCAAGAUUGGUGAAGGUACUUAUGGUCUUGUAUUCCUCGCAAGAACCAAAACUCCUGCCAAUCGAGGGAAACCUAUUGCAAUCAAGAAAUUCAAGCAAUCCAAAGAUGGGGAUGGUGUUUCCCCUACAGCCAUACGUGAGAUAAUGUUGCUUCGGGAGAUUUCACAUGAAAACAUUGUGAAGCUUGUGAAUGUGCAUAUCAAUCAUAAUGACAUGUCACUGUAUCUAGCUUUUGGUUAUGCUGAACACGACCUGUAUGAAAUCAUUCGACAUCACAGGGACAAGGUUAACCAUCCAAUCAAUCAGUACACUGUUAAAUCAUUGCUCUGGCAGUUGCUUAACGGAUUGAACUAUCUGCACAGUAACUGGAUUAUACAUCGAGAUCUAAAGCCGUCAAACAUCUUGGUCAUGGGUGAGGGAGAAGAACAAGGAAUAGUCAAAAUUGCUGAUUUUGGACUUGCAAGAGUAUAUCAAGCUCCCUUGAAGUCAUUAGCUGACAAUGGGGUUGUGGUCACGAUCUGGUAUCGUGCGCCUGAGUUGCUGCUUGGAGCAAAGCACUAUACAAGUGCUGUUGAUAUGUGGGCUGUUGGUUGCAUAUUUGCCGAGCUUUUGACUUUGAAGCCACUAUUCCAGGGGGCAGAAGCGAAAGCCAUGCCAAAUCCUUUCCAGCUUGAUCAGCUUGACAAGAUAUUCAAGGUAUUAGGCCAUCCUACUCUCGAGAAAUGGCCAACACUUGCAAAUCUUCCUCAUUGGCAUCAAGAUGUACAACAUAUCCAAGGGCACAAAUAUGACAAUGCUGGACUUCAUAGUGUCGUGCAUCUCUCUCCUAAAAGUCCUGCAUAUGACCUCCUGUCUAAGAUGCUUGAAUAUGAUCCUCGAAAGCGUUUAACAGCAGCGCAAGCUCUAGAGCAUGAAUAUUUCCGGAUAGAACCUCUACCAGGGCGCAAUUCACUUGUUCCUUCCCAGUCUGGGGAGAAAAUUGUGAACUACCCUACACGUCCAGUUGACACAACUACAGAUUUUGAGGGAACCACUAACCUUCAACCUUCUCAAUCGUCUGGUAAUGCAGUUUCCGGGAGCAUGCAAGGAGCUCAUGUAGCAACUGGUAGAUCUGCACCUCGUCCAAUGCACAUGAUGCCCAUGCAAAGAAUGCCACCUCAGGGCAUUCCCGCAUAUAAUCUCCAAUCUCAGGCAGGGAUGGGCGGUGCAAUGAAUCCUGGAGGCAUCCCCUUGCAGCGAGGUGUUGUUCCUCAGCCCCAUCAACAGCAGUUGAGAAGGAAGGACCCAGGAAUGGGUAUGCCUGGGUACCAUCCACAACAGAAAUCAAGACGUAUGUGACCAGAUGAAACUGAUUUAUUUAAGUUGACCAUCUCAUUUUUAAAUGGGUCCAACUUUGUCAUCGUGGAAAAAGAAAAAGCUUCUUAAAACUUUGUUCUGAUCCGGAAAGAAGGCUUAAUAGUUAUUCCACAGCGUGGGAAAAUGCUGAUUGCGGAAUGCCUUCCACGAUUGAUUUGUUGAUCCUCUGCGUUCAGGAAUGGAACUUGGUUCCAUUCUCACAUGGAGGAAGUCAUAACAGUAAACUUAUGAGGCAAUAUACCUAUAACUUGUAAUGCUUCUACCCUCCUGUGUUCCCGGUAUGUAUACCAUCUACAUGGUGUAGUUUGUUGGGGGUUUUUAGGGGAAGAUUUAUUUCUAAAAGUGAGUAGACUCCUUGUAUAAACUCCCUUGAUGCUCUGUUUUUUUGUCAAUCAUAUUGAAUGGUAUGUUAUUAGGGGGUGGAUGACUUAUAUGGUUAUCUGAAAUAGAUGAAAGUUUGAGACUUGGUUGGCAGUUACUGGA